AUGUCUUCUCCAUCCAUUAAUAGUGGAGCUUCCCACUCUGAUGAAAGUAAGUCAAGUGACACCCAGGCUUACAAACAGUUUAGUCAUGAUAGGCCAACUUCAAAGCUAAUAAAUUCAAGACCUACUGCUACUCAAGCUCAAUCCACUAGUCCUCACUUCAAUCACACUAAUCAUAAUGGAAAAAAGAAAAAAAGAAGCGAUAAAAUAUUUGAGAUUAGUAAGCCAACAAAAUUUGAACAUGGAAUUCAUGUAGAAUAUAAUAACGAAAGUGGCAAAUUCGUGGGAUUGCCAGAUGUUUGGCAAAAAAAUUUACCAAGUGAUGAUAUACUUAAUACAAAAUAUAUAAAUCCACUUUUAGUUCCAACUCUUGAACCAUCUGAUGGAAAUGGAGCGCCGGGUAAAAAUAUAGGAAUACCCUAUAAUUUUAAACAUAAUGUACAUGUUGGACUUGAUGAAGCUGGAUUUAUGGUUGUACCGCCAGAAUGGAAGGCCCAACUUGAAUCUGCAGGAAUUACCGAAGAUGAUUUUAAAAAUCGUCCCGAAGCAGUAAAUAGAUUAUUACAGAUGUUAGCAAAUGAUAAUCAACAACGUCAAAUUUCCUCCUUAUCUUCAACGACUAAUAUUGCACAUCAGCGUUCUGUAUCCUUGGGUUCUCACACUCCACAACCUUACAUACUUCCAUCACCUUCUCCCUCCCCAUCAACUCUUAAUGUCAAUCCUGAUAACAAUGGCAGCAAUUAUCCAACCUUAAUAAGGAAAGGUUCAGCAUCAUUAUUAAAAUCUCCUGUCAGAAAAUAUUCAAGUCCUUCUCUUUAUCACACUCAACCAAAUGACUUAUUUAAUAAUUCUUCGGAAUUAAUAGAUUCAUCAAAAGGUUCGGCAAGUUCACAAAAUUCUGCAAAUGAAUCAACCAGCUCAUUUCCUUUCACCAACACAUAUUACGACACUCCUUCGAUAGCUUCUCCAAGAUUACCAAGGACUUCUAGUUUGUCUUCCCCAAUAAAAGAAUCCCAAUCUACCAUCAAUAACACAACUAGUUAUUCGCCUCAAAAUCAAAAUCAUUAUAAUUAUAAUUAUAAUAGCGAUAACAAUGAUUCAUUUAUCAACAGUCCUGUUUCUCCAAGAAAAUACUCAAAUUCUUCUUCUUCUUCAAAUAACAAUAUCUCUACUACGCAUUUAAGGGAUUCUACAAGUUCAAUAAUAAAUAAUAGUAAUAAAGAUAGGCCUAUUUCUUCCACUUCAAAAACAAGUGAUCAUCCUUAUUCUCCUAUAACAAUGCGUGACAGGCCAACGUCACCAAUUCCAUCCUCACGAGACAGGCCACUGUCACCAAAUCCAUCGUCGCGUGACAGACCAAUGUCACCGAUUCCAUCUUCACAAAAAUCACCUUAUAAAAUAAGAGAUUCUCGUGGCGCAGAAAUAAUUAAUAUUCCACCACCACCUAACUAUCGACCCACAUCACCUAUACUUCCACCACCACUAGGUGUAAUUCCACCAAUUCCUACCACAAAAAAAAUUGAACCACCUCCAAGACCUCCCCACAGACAAAAUAAAGCCCGACCAAUUAGCCAAAAAGAUGCAAUUAAGGUUAUUCCUUACGAGAAAACAAAUAAAUUGGAUGUUGUAAAGAAUGAAUUAAUGAGGAUGAAAUCAAGUCAACAUCCAAAUAUAGUUGAAUAUAUUGGUUGUUACUACACUGUUGAUUCACUUUGGGUAGCGAUGGAAUGUAUGGAAGCAUCAUUGGCUGAUAUUAUAUCGAUGUAUCCUGAUGGUCCAAAAAUCAACGAAUUUCAAAUUGCAAGAUUUAUGAGAGAAACACUAAAAGGCAUCUCAUAUUUACACAAAUCACGAGUCAUUCAUCGAGAUAUUCGAAGCGAUAAUAUAUUAUUAAAUAAUAACGGUGACAUUAAAAUUGCUGAUUUCGCACAAUCUAUACAAUUGACCGACAAACAACCUUAUUGUGAUUCGGUGGUAGGUACGCCGUAUUGGAUGGCACCAGAAGUUAUAUUAGGGUCACAAUAUGGCACCAAGGCUGAUAUUUGGAGUCUUGGUAUUGUGAUGAUUGAAAUGGCCGAAGGAGAUCCACCAUACAUUGAACAUCCCGGAUUGAAGGCAGUUGUAAUGAUAGCCAAACAUGGAAUUCCUGAUUUAGUUAAUCCUGAGAGAUGGACAAAAAUAUUCAAGGAUUUCCUUGCCAAUUGUAUAGAAACUGAUACAACUAAACGAAAAUCUGCAGAUGAAUUGUUAACACAUCAAUUUCUACAAAAUGUAUCGACAAACAGUGAGAUUCAGAGAAUGUUGCAAGAAUUUCAAUAUCAUAAUGUUAAUGGUGAUAUCAAUCAAAAUGAUGUGAAGAAAGAAUAUCAUAAUGAUUAUGAUUAUGAUUACGAUGAUGAUAAUAUAAUAAAUGAUUAUGGUUAUGAAGAAGAUCAUAAUGAAAUAUAUUCUGGAUAUGUAAAUAUUGUUAGCAAUAAUGGAAAUGAGGAGGUAGAUGAUGAUGCUGAUUAUUAUAUUAAUAGCAUUUCAAAUAAUUUUGACGAUUCUAGUAUUGGAUAA